GCUAGGAGCAGUUUCGGUACCUGUCUGUCUAAAUUCCCUAGAAAAUAUCUAAAUUGUACAUUUACAUUGCGUUUAGAAAAAUGCGUGAUUAUGUAUCCAACUUAAUACGUUCGCAUCGCUGCCUUUGCAUUUUUACUGCGCUCCAAUUGACCCUGAUGCUCUCGAUGCUGGAAGUGAAAGUGAAAGUUGACCAAUCGCCGGAGCUGCAGCGACCUUUGACCCGAGUGUACUUGGUGGCCCAACUGGGGGAGCUUGCCUGGAGUCCAUUGUUUUCCGGCUUUGCCAUGGGUGCCAUGUUCUACGGAUACGGUUUGAUACACUUGCCCAGCAAAGGACUCCUCGGGGGGUUCUUCUCCAGCCUGCGAUCAGCGGGCUUAUCCGUGUGGCAACAAUGCAGUCCCGUGAUGCUUGUGCCCUGGACCAUGAAGGUGGCCCAGAACCUAAGCCUUUUCCCCUGCCACAUGUGGGAGUGCCUGGCCAAGGAUGUUUUCCUCGAGGCCGACAAUUGUCUGUGGCUCGUGUUCCUGGCCGUUGUGCUGUGGAACUACCUGCUAAUCCUGGCCAUCGCCAGCUUGGUGCUGGCUGUGAGACUCAACCUCCAGAUGAUGUGUGCCAGGCACAUUGGGAACGGGGACCACGAGCUGCGGGCCUACGUCCGGGGAAUCAACGAGCUGCUCGGCUUUGAGAUGAUAGUGCUCACUGAAUGAGAGGUUUUGGUUACCCACAAGUAACCUCCAUUGUAUAUAGAGGUUAUAUUGUGUAUAAUAUUAUAUGAUGACAAAUUAUAAGUUUAAUUAUGGAACAAUAAAAUUGUAGUAUUUGAAACACAAAGAGA